AUGCCGAGCAACUGCCGAACAGUCGGAUGCAGACGGGCUGCCGUCUUGCGUCACGCCUUGGAAUCUUGCAAGGACCCGGCCCAGGUUAUGGAGUUGAAGGAUGCACUUCGCGUCGUGCUCCAACGCCCAACGGAUUCCGCCAUUAGUCGCUGCGGCGAUGCGCGCCAACGCGACCCUCUGGCAGCGACGACAGCAGCAGCGUUCCCCACGCAGCAGCCACCUCCGCAAGCACAGCAGGACACCAGCUGCAAUCACCAGGCACCGGAUAGUUCCGGAAGUGCCAAACCUCAAGCUUGUCCCAAGCGGCUUCGCACUUCGGGCGGCAGUGGAUUGCAGCUGGAGUCUCUACCGCCUGUUGCAUUAAAUCCCCCCGCCACUGCCGGCUACACGCGGUAUAAAGCCUGUGGAGAACAUGUUGCUGGUGGUUCUUGUAGGCUCGAAGCUGGUGCUGCUGAGUCGUCACAUCCAGUGAAACGGCCAGAAGAAAGCCAUGUGAUAACUCCUGACGUGUCAUCGACACACCAUCACCAUCAGAAUGAGCAGCCGCAGCCGCCGCAGCCACAGCAGCCGCAGCAGCCACAGCAGCCGCAGCCGCACCGUGUCCUCCCCGUGAUCGCCCUGUGCGGUUUCCUAGGUGCUGGCAAGACCACCCUCGUGCGGCACCUGUUAAGCUGCAUGAGCUCUCCCUCGCCCUCCGAAGCCAUAGCACAUGUAGGCUUGCUGGUCAACGAUUUGGCUCCUGUAAACAUCGAUGCACAGCUGCUAACACGACCGCUGCCACCACCACCACCGCUACUGGCACCUCAUCCAUCAGUGCGCCGACAGCCACUGCGUUCAUCACCGCCACCAUCAGAGUCAGCCACGGCAGCGGGGGCAGCUAUUCACAACAUGGGUGCCGCUGCAGCUAAUGCGGCGGCAGCGGCAACCCCCCACCACAACCACCACCACGUGGCUGUGGGCGAGCUGUUGGAGCUAUCCAACGGCUGUGUGUGCUGCAACCUGCGAGGGGCGCUGCAGGAGCAGCUGCUCCGGCUGGCGGCUCGAGAUCCCCCCCUGGAGUACCUCGUCGUGGAGUGCACUGGCAUGGGCGCGCCAGAGCCGCUGGCGGGCGCUGUACAGGCGCUGGUGGCGGCGGGGCUGCAGCUUCUGACCGUUGUGACGGUUGUGGACUCGAGCACGUUCCUCGAGACCAUCAAGGGCAAUAGUGGGGUGUGGGGGGGGGGAGGUGGUGGAGGUAGAGGUGGCGCCAGGAGCGCAGAGGUGCUGGCGCUGUGUGGCGCCGCAGGGACUACACCAGCUGGUGGAGGAGCGGCGGCGGUGAGGGCUGGUGGUAACACAACUCAUCCGCGGCAGCCGCUGGCGAAGCUGCUGGUACAACAGGUGGAGUCAGCUGAUGUGGUAUUGCUGAACAAGUGUGACAGGCUGGGAGAGCGAGUGCGGCAACGAUGGCGGCAGCGGCAGCAGCCGCAGCCAGGUGAUGACGAGCACGGGGCGACGGAAGCGGGAGUGGAUGAGGAUGGGGAUGAGGAUGUGGCGGCCGAGGCGCUCUUGGAGUUGCGACGGGUGCGGGCAGUUGUUCGUGCGCUCAACCCCUCUGCCCGCAUACUGCAGUGUGUUCGGUGUGAGGUGCCGCUGGAGGUGAUACUUCGCCCUCAGGACCAGGACCUACCGCUGUACCACCACCACCACCACCACCAACAACAACAACAACAACAACAACACGGGCCUCUACCGCCGACCACGGCCACCCAGGGUGGUGGGACGCAAGGGCAACACCAACAGCCGCAACAGCGGCAACAGCAAAAGGGCGAACAACAACAACAACAACAACAACAGCAGCAGUCGUCACCGCAGCUGCUGCAGCCGGAGCAGCUACCUGUUGACAGGCUGCCAGCAGUGAUGAUGUUGCCUCCUGAUGGGGAGAAGGCUGACGGGGAGAUCGUCGUCGGCGUGGCGCGAGGAGGAGUGGACAGCCGGCAUGACUCGGAAGUGCUUAGCCAGCUGCAGGCAGCAGGCUCGACAGCUGCUGGUGCUGGUGCAACUGCAACUGCUGUCAGACCAUCGCUGGGUAUUAAGGAGGGGGACAAGAACGAGGACAGGGCCCAUGAAGAGGAUGAAUACGGCAUCGGGUCGUAUGUUUUUCGCAGUCGGGUGCCGUUCCAUCCUGCGCGGCUGUGGGCGCUGCUGCAGGCGCUGCAGGCUGCUGAGCCGAGUGAUGAGCAGGAUGGUGAUGCUGGAGGGGCCGCGGCGGAGGCGAUGGAGGGAGACCAGCCAGUGACACUGCCUUACCAGCCACCACCGUUGCUUCGAGCGAAGGGCUUCUUCUGGAUUGCCAGCCUAUCGCAGGCCACCUGGGAGCUGUCCCUGGCGGGAGUGCUUGUGGUGGUGGAGCAGCUACUGCAGCUGAUGACCAAGAAGACAUUGAUGUCGCGACUGAAGGCAGCGGUGGCAGUGGUCAUAUUGGUGUCAGCGACGGUGCUGGUGGAGAUGGAGAUGGGGCGCGAGCUGGCGGGCACUGGCACCGGCGGUGGGGUGACCGGUGUAACGAGCUCGUCUUCAUCGGCGUGGGGCUCGGGGAGUUGUUGCAAGCAGCAGCAGCAGCCGGACUGACUUCACGCACUCACACCCGGCCCCUGCACGCACAAUAAAAAGGAGGCCACAGCAUUCUUAUGACACUGCGAGUCCUCGCACCUGUAAAAAAAAGCGCCAG